GGUCAGCGCCAGGUCAGGGGAUUCGCGGGAUGAUAGAAGAUGGCGGCGAGAGGCGGAAAGAAUGGGCUGCUGGAGAAAUGGAAAAUUGACGAUAAACCGGUAAAAAUUGACAAAUGGGACGGAUCUGCUGUGAAAAACUCGCUCGAUGAUGCAGCCAAAAAGGUUCUACUGGAGAAGUACCGGUACGUGGAGAACUUCUGUCUGAUCGACGGGCGCCUCAUUAUCUGCACCAUCUCCUGCGUCUUUGCCAUCGUGGCCUUGGUGUGGGACUAUCUGCACCCCUUCCCCGAGUCCAAGCCUGUCCUGGCCAUCUGUGUCAUAUCUUAUUUCCUGAUGAUGGGCAUCCUCACCAUUUAUACCUCAUAUAAGGAGAAAAGCAUAUUCCUGGUGGCGCACAGAAAGGAUCCCGCCGGAAUGGACCCCGACGAUAUCUGGCAUCUCUCCUCCAGCCUCAAACGGUUCGAUGACAAAUACACGCUGAAGGUCACUUACAUCAGCGGAAAGACCAAGGCCCAGCGGGAUGCGGAAUUCACCAAAUCCAUCGCCAGAUUCUUUGACGACAACGGCACGUUAGUAAUGGACUUGUUCGAGCCAGAGGUCUCCAAGCUCCAUGACAGUUUGGCCAUGGAGAAGAAGACUAAAUAAAGCUUUGGACCCCCAGGGCCUUUCUUACGCUUAGAGGGAACCCCCAGGGGUGAUACAGUAAGGAUUGUGCGUUCUUUCCCUGCCUCUGGGGGGAGCUUGUCGUGCUUUGCUCUUCUUAACGUCCUCAGUGGGAGGAGCCACAGGCGCCUUGGGCAGCGGAAGGGGCGGGUACUAAGGUUUUGUCCUGAAAUACUCACUGCUCCCACUUAUUAAACGUAGUUAUUUCCCGCAUUUAGUAGAGGGAAUUGUCAGAGAGAAAUGUGCAGAAAGGAGUCCGUGCCCGACUCUCCGACCAUUUAGGGUGAAGGCACACGGAGCUACUUAGUAGCAGCUACAGAAACAGACAAUGCUGAUCAUUUACUGAUAAUUGUCUCUGUGUGUGUUUAGCAGAGGCAAUUCUCAGUAUUGUCUAUGGCAGGGGAUUUUUUUGGGAUUUAGUAGCUGCUACUAAGUAGCCUUGUGUGUCUUCACCCUUAUGCCGAGCAUUAGCAUCAACGGCAACAGCCCUGAUUGGCUCCAAAAUACCGUCAUGGCUGGGGAUUGGUCGGCACAGAGGCAGGGUACCCAUCCUUGUGUCACUAAAUCCCCCCCCCCCCCCCCCAAUUAAAAUGUACAUUUUUAUGGAUCUCAGGACAAAACCUUAGUUUUGCAGAAAUCUGUCCAUUAUAUUUUUUUUAUAUUUAUUUGGUGGAAUAAAACCUCGUGUCGUUUCAGUUUGUUUCUGUUCCCUGAGAAACGGAAAGGACCCGACACGUAUGUAACAGCUCAGCGCUCUCUUUCGGCCAAUAAAAAAGGAGCAUUUUUCUAUCUGUUACUGUUUUUGGUUUUGUCCCCCUUUUGUCACAUUCCGCCCCCCACAAACCCCUGCUGAGCACGUCUUUCUGAUCUGCCGUUUUCUAAGUCUGUUUUCCAAUAAAAGGAGAGAAUAGA